AUGAUUCCUCAAUGGAUACCCCAGAAUAUACAGAAAAGACUACUUCUAUAUGUGUUACAACAACUAUCAUUAUUUUCCGAAAUAGAUUUGCCAAAUCUUGAAGAAGUGUCCUUAAAUAAUAUAAUUCUAAAAGAUGUUGCACUUGAUCCUGAAAAAGUGGGUAAACUACCUGGAUGCAAUUUGAGAUAUGGUCAAAUUGGAUCCUUGGAACUAACAACGAUAUCAGGUAUAAGUGGUGUCAACAUAGACGUUAAUGAUGCAGAGAUUGUGAUAUCACCUGACUUUGAUAUUGAUGAAAGUAUGACUAAUCAAGUAGCAUUCCUGUUGGCCCAGAGUACUGCCAAUUUAGCUAACACUAUAAUGUUGGAUACAAACGACGGAUCUGAUAUUAACGAAACGUCUGAUCAGACCCUGGAUGAUGAUGAUGAUGAUGAUAUAGAUGAGAAAAUUACUAAGCCAAUACCACCAAAAAGGCGAACAAGCUCUGUUACUGGUAACAAAACUACGGCAUUAGGUGGAGUAAUGCAAAAAGCAGUUGAAAUUGCAUUGCUGAGAUUACUGAUAAGAAUCAAUUCGUUAAAAAUAAAAAUUGUGUCUGACCUGACCGAUCUUCAAAUGGAGGUUGAUUCUGUUAGUAUAAACAGUACAAAUGGAACAAGGACUGUAAGUAUAAAAGGAGUCAAAUUGAGGACGUUGAAACCUAAUGUGAAUCCAGGUGAAGGAUUCCACCCCACCCCUGACCAUGCACCACAGAAGAAACAAGAAGGUAACGAAAGUGAUUCACCAAUGAAUGAGGACGACGGUGAGGGUAAUAGUAAGGAUGAUGAUGAUGACUAUGGUAACGAGUCUUUAAUGGAUAGUAUGGUUUUUUCCCAUGAGGAAGCAAGCUCGAUAUAUAUGAGUGCAACAUCACGAUCUUUCGAAAAAUCGACAGCAACGGGAGUACCUGGUGAAGUGGACAAUAAAGCAACAGACAAAGAAGAUUAUUCUAAGGAUCCCCCAAUAAUAUUUUAUAUGGAUGAUUGCACAAUUGAAUUUGAUGGUUUGUCCACAAUUUCUAAUCUUGAAGUAGAAGUUGGAAACAUAAAUCUAGCAUUUACUCCCUUAACUCCAACUUUGGUGUCAAUAUUUCAAGGAGUUGCAAAAAGUUUAAAAAUAAAGUAUUAUCAACAAAAGAAAAAGACAAAGAGCAGACAAACUCAAAGGAAUGAAAAGUUCCCACAGUAUACGAAUGACAGUGAUGAAAUUCCUGAAGAACUGUCUGAAUCAGACGAUUCCUUGCAUGAAUCCUUUUUUAAUAGGUUUAGAGUCAAUAGUUUUGUCAUAAGUGCAACCUCUGCUUUAUCUGAGAAUGGUUUAUUUGCAAACAAGAAUGGCGUCAAUAUAAUUUUUUCGAAUAUCAACAUCAAACAAAAGAAUGAAUUAUUACUAUAUGGUGGUGUCGAGUCUUUUAGAAUUGUACGAUUUGAGGAUGAUGGUUCCUACGAUAUUUUUCAUUUUGAAAAACCACAAAGUGUUCCAUCGUCAGCAGCAUCACAUUCUGUUUCAAAUGAUAUGACAGGCACAUCGUCGUCAUCAUCAACAGGUAGUGCCACUUCGAAAGCUGACAUUCGUUUUGAAGUCUUUAAAAAAUCUGAAGAUUCUGAUAAUUUAGAAGUGACUGUUUUAAUGGCUAAAAGUGCAAAUUUCAAGUUUGAUCUCCAAAGCCUAUUGAUUUUAUCCAAUUUUGCCAAAGCUGCUGGUUCUAUGUAUGGUGAAUAUGGACUUCUCAAAUCUGUGAUUGAUAAGUUGGAUACAAGAGAUAGGAAAUGGAACAAUGGUUCCAAUAAUUCUAAAACCCUGUCAAAGAGUGAAUUUAUUCUACAGACAGCGACAAUUUUUAUGAAUUUAAAAAUAUCAGACGAUUGCCAGUUCCGGCUUAUUGUGUUUCCUAUCAAGUUUAAUCUUCUUCAAGACCAAUUGGCAAUAUCAAAAAUCCUACUUAAUUGUACUCAUGGAGAUACUCAAACAGAGGGUGUAAUAACUUUAACAGAUAUUAGCUUGAUUACCAAGAACCAAGAAUUUAGAGCUUAUUUGCAAUCAGCCACCACAUCUUCCAGCACACACCCAUUACCUAGAAAAACCACUAUUAAUUCCAAACUUAAUUUGAUUGUUCAAAAGCUUUCGCUGAAUUUAUCCAUGUCUAGAUUGAAAUUCAUUGGAGAAAGAUUAAAAAAAUUUUUCAAUGAGUUUAUAGAGAGAUCGCCAACACAGUCCAACUCUUUGGAAAAUUCCUUUUUAACUGAACCAAUGGAAGUGCAGCGAUUAGAAAGUUCACUCCAUAUGAACUCUUCGUUGUUUUCUACACGAAGGCCUGGAAGACGACUCGGUUUGGGAUUCAAUAAUUCUCCUAGUGUCUUUUUGGGGUCAAGUCGGGUUACCAUGGCAAGUUUCCAAGUCUGUUUAAAGGAGGCAACUUUUAAUAUUGCUGAUGUAUUUCCAAACUUUGGGGAUUUGAGUGUAAAAAUGUUGGAUAUUUCUAUUUACAAAUUGAAAAAUAGUAUUUUGGGGCAUGUACUCUCCGUCCUUGUCCAGAGAAGGAAUGGUGAUUUGGUAGAGAAUUUGGUACAUCAGUAUCAAAAUUUGCCAUCUAGUAGAUUCGAGUUCCCAUUGCUACUGAUCAAAUGUAAACUUGGAGACAAAACAACUAAAGUCGAAAUCACUGCCAGAAAUCUUUUACUUGAAUACUAUACAAAUUGGUUAUUAUUGAUGGAUAAGGAGGAAUCUAUCAUUGACGCAGUUGAGGAAGAAAUUAUUGAAAAAGUGACUCCUUCACAACUGUCUUCAUCCCAAAAUAAAUUAGAUAUCAGGUAUUCAAUGUUUGAUUGUGUGGUUGGUUUGACUCCAGGAAGGUUGAGCUGUAAAAGUUAUUUGAUUAUUGGUAAAGGUGACACUGAUAUUUCUUUUGGUGUUAAUCAGUUUUAUGUCAAAUGUUCGUUUAGAAACAUAUCCAUGGUUUUAAUUGAUGACGUGAAAAACAUCGUACCAUUUAGUGAGCCCAGUAUAUCAUCUGCUAAUCAUCAAACACCCUAUGUUUAUAUUCAGCCAUUAGAUUAUUACUCAAAAUUAGGGUACAUUCAUGUUGGUUUGAUUAAUGUUGCCCAUGUUGGCAUUACAUUUAAUACUGAUAUCCAAGCAUUAAAGGAAAGAAAUGAGAAACUUGGAAUUAAAGAUAGUUUGACAUUUGUGGAUCUAAAAAUAAAUUUAGAUGAAUGCCAAUUUAACUUGUGUGCUGAUACUGCAAACACUUUGAUUCAAUUGGUUAACGAUUUAAAAUUACCGUUGAAUUUCCGAGAUGAAGAUAAAAUGAAAGUGGAUUUUGCUGAUGGUAUUAAUGUCAUGCAGGAUAUUGAUCGGAACAUCUUUAAAGGGUUGACAGAAACAUUAACGGAGUUAAAUCUCAAUGACACAGAGAAUGGGUCUACCAGUGAAAGCAGUUCACAAGAGGCGUCGUCAUUAAUAUUUGAAGAAGGACACUUUGACAAGGGGAAUCGAUCCCUAUAUGACAAUUCACAUGUUGAUCCUCUUCAUAUAAACAUCAACUUGUCAAAAGUUAAAAUAUAUUUACACGAUGGAUAUGAUUGGAAAGAUACUCGAAAGGCAAUCCGUGGAGCCGUUAAGAAUUUUGAAACAAAACAAACAAUGGCUAAUGACAACGACAACAAAAAAGAGAAAAAACGUAAAGUUGAAUUUGAAACUCAAGAUAUUGAAGUUCGAGAAGAAAUUUUCCAAGAGACAUUGUUUCAAUCGAUUCAUGUUAUUGCUCCUCGUAACCAGAAUGCACGUGAUAUGGCUACCAGUAUCAAUUUAGAUCUUCAGAAUGAUAAAGAUAAUGAAAGUCGUGAUGUGUCAACGACAAACCCUGGUAAGAGUUAUAAGAAUCUAAAAUUAAGAAGGUCAGUAAAGUACAAGCUUUUUUUUGAUUUAAAAAGUAUAGAAGUUGGGGUGAAUGUUUAUUCCACAAGAGAUCCUAGACGUGAUAAGACCGAUGAGAAUAUGAAAUACGAAUUAUUGAAUUUUAUUGAAUUAAGAGUGGGUACAGUUAACAUUUAUGAUAACGUAUCUACGUCAACAUGGAACAAGUUUUUAAGCUAUAUGAAUAUACUUGGUGAUCGAGAAAUUGGAACCAGCAUGGUAAAAGUUUCAAUUUUGAAUGUUAGACCUGAUCCUACAAUGGUAUCUGGUGAAGCAAUAAUGAAUGUAUCGGUUUUACCCUUGAGAUUGCAUAUAGACCAAGACACCCUUGAUUUUUUGGUUAGAUUUUUUGAAUUUAAAGAUGAAAGAUUUCAAUUGCCACCUGAUGAAAUGGUUUAUAUACAAAAAUUUGAAAUAAGUUCAAUCAAGUUGAAAUUAGAUUACAAACCCAAAAAAGUUGAUUAUGCAGGGUUGAGAUCUGGUAAGGCGGGGGAAUUUGCCAACUUUUUCACUUUGGAUGGGUCUACUCUAACUUUACCUAAAGUCAAAUUAUUUGGCAUACCUGGAGCUCCCAAAAUUGGUGUUGGUUUAGGUAAGGCGUGGUUACCUGUGUUUCAACUGACGCAAGUUAUUGGUAUUAUAUCAGGUGUGUCUCCAUUGAGGUCAGUGGUCAACAUUGGUGGUGGUUUUAAAGAUUUGGUUGCUAUUCCAAUAUCAGAAUAUAAGAAAGAUGGUCGGUUGUGGAGAAGUAUCCAAAAGGGUACUGUUUCAUUUGCCAAGACUACAGGUUAUGAAAUCUUGAAUUUAGGAGUUAAGUUGGCUUCUGGAACACAAGUAUUAUUAGAGCAAGGAGAAGAAAUGCUAGGUGGAGAAGGUUCUAGUGUGAGAAGUCCAAGCUCAAGUGGGUUGGAUAAUCGACGUAAUUCCAAUGCUUCAGAUGAAUUACCUGUCGAAAUUGAAAAACACAAACCCCAAAAUAAUCUACUUGUUAGUUCACAAAUUUUGAAUAAAGCAUCAACAAGGAUGGAAACUCAGGGUUACGGCACUAAAAAACUAUAUUCCAAUGUUGAGUUAGAUGAUGAGGAUAUGGAUGAUAAUGGAAUCAAUAAAGAAUUGCUUAGUAAAUCGAUAUUUUUAUUAGCUCCAGCAGAAGAGAAACUAGCCAAAUCACAACGACGUACCAAAGACAAUCGUGCGAAUUUAAUUGAAGGUGAAGUCGAAGAUGAAGAUGAAGACGAAGAGUAUCAACUUUAUGCCUAUGAAAAUGAAGAAGAAUUACAAGAAAAAUUGGUUAGUCUUUAUUCGAAUCAACCAGAAACAAUUGAGCAAGGAUUAAAAUCGGCAUACAAGUCAUUGGGUACUAAUUUAAAACUCACCAAAAACCAACUACUUAAAUUGAGGAGAGAAUUGGCUGAGACUGACACGAUACAGGAUUCUAUGGUGACAGUGUUGAAGAAUUCUCCAAUUAUUUUGAUGCGCCCAUUGAUUGGAUCUACUGAGGCGGUCUCUAAACUAUUGAUGGGGGUGGGGAAUCAAAUAGAUGGUAAAAAACUUGUGGAGAAAAAAGACAAAUAUCCUACCUAA